AUGUCUGACUCGCAAUUCAAGGAGGGCCACUCCGUCCCCGUCACGCACCAGGAGUUCCCCGGCAAGGAGCACAAGAUGCCCGUGCAAGCCCAAUACGACACCUUACCCACCGCCGACGGCGGGCACCAGAAGUACCGGGCCGCCGGCAAGCUGCAGGGCAAGCGGGCCCUCAUCACGGGCGGCGACUCGGGGAUCGGCCGCGCCACCGCCAUCCUCUUCGCCAUGGAGGGCGCCGACUCCUUCAUCGUGUACCUGCCCGACGAGGAGAAGGACGCGCAGGAGACGAGGCGCGCGGUCGAGUCGCUUGGUCGUAAGUGUCACCUGCUGGCCACGGAUCUGACGAGCCGGGAGAACUGUAGGAGGGUUGUGGAGGAGGCGAUAAGGAAGAUGGGCGGAGUUGACGUGCUGUUUAAUAAUGCGGCGUACCAGAUGAUGACGAAGGAUAUACUUGAGCUUAGCGAAGACCAAUGGCUCCACACCUUCGCCACAAACAUCCACCCCCUCUUCUUCCUCUCCAAGUACUGCCUCCCGCACAUGCAGCGCGGCUCCACCAUCAUCAACAACGCCAGCAUCAACGCCUACAUCGGGCGCCCCGACCUCCUCGACUACACCUCCACCAAGGGCGCCAUCGUCUCCUUCACCCGCGGCCUAUCCAACCAGUUCGUCUCCAAGGGCAUCCGCGUCAACGCCAUCGCCCCCGGGCCCGUCUGGACCCCGCUCAUCCCCGCCACGAUGACCGAGGAGGCGCAGAGGGAGUUCACGAGCCCGAUGGGGAGGCCCGCGCAGCCGAGCGAGAUCGCGGCGUGUGUGGUUUUCUUGGCCGCGGCGGAUAGUUCGGCGAUCAGCGGGCAGACUAUUCAUUGUAAUGGGGGGACGGUUGUUAAUGGCUAG